GGUGUCAUUGUGCUGUCCCAAGCUGUUAAUCGCAUUCUGGUUGAUGAUGUGCUGGAGAGGCUGCACCGAGAUGAUUGCUCAGCCUUGAAGAAAAAGCACCUCUUGUAUUCUCCUUCUCAUGGCACCAAGGAGAUGCGCGAGGCUUGUGCCACGUUCCUGACACGACAACAUUUCCCCAUGGAGGCUGUCCAUCCAGACCAUCUCAUCAUCAUGCCAGGAGUUACUGCCUGCAUGGAAAGCCUCGCACGUUCACUCUGUAAUCCAGGGGAUGUGGUGCUCUCUCCAUCGCCUAUAUAUCAUCGGAUAAAAACUAACUUUGAGGAUGCUGGAGCUAGAAUUGUUCACAUGGUUACCACACAGGAUAACAACUUUGAGCUGACACCUGAACAGGUGGAGGCAAGCAUAGUAGAAGUGCAGAGUGAGGGUGAGUGUGUGAGAGCCUGUGUCCUGGCCAACCCUCAGAACCCGCUUGGCCAAGUGAUGACACCAAGUUUCCUCAGGGCCAUUUUAGAGAUCUGUGCUAGGUAUGAAGUCCAUGUUGUGGUAGAUGAAAUCUUUGCAUUUUCUGUCUUUGCCAACGAUGCUACCUUUACUAGUCUCCUGGCUCUUGAAGAUCUGCCAGACCCACAUAGGACUCACAUGUUUUGGGGAUUCAGUAAAGAUUUCUGCAUUGCUGGUUUACGAAUAGGACUAAUUCACACUGUGAAUCCACAAUUGUUGACUAAGCUUAAACUUCGUUCACACUACCACUCGACAUCACAGCAAACUCAGCAUGCUAUUGCCACCAUGAUCAGUGACACAGUUUGGUGUGACAACUUCCUUGACUCCAGCAGAAAGAAACUGGCUGAAGCAUAUGCAAAGGCUUGUGACAUGAUGGAGGAGCUGCAGAUCCAAGUGUUAGAAGCCAAGGGAGCCUUUUUCCUUUGGGCUAACCUCCAGCCUUUCCUCACUGAGCCUACUGUGGAAGCUGAGUUUGAGUUAUGCAGGGCCUUACUGUUUGCUGGAGUGAGUAUCAUCCCAGGUACCAAGUUCCACUGCUCUGAACCAGGAUGGUUUAGGAUCCUCUUCUCUGUACCUGAAGAAGAAUUGCAAGAAGGUCUGAGAAGGUUAGGAGUAGUCAUUGGUAACCGCAGGUGAUAGUAAGAAUAAAGUUGCAAAGAAGAACAUGGAAAUAAAAGGAAGAUAGCAAAUAUUUUGGAUUUACUUUUUUGAAGAUUGGUUUCUGAAUGUUUGUGUUCCAUGACAUUUUAUUUGUUUUAAUUUCUUAAUGGAUGCUAGAAAAAAAAAAUACUGGCAUAUAUUACUUGUACUCUUGGUAUGAUUAGUUUUUAUCAUUUUUUUGUAUUUUCAUAUUUUAAAGUUAUGCACGUGUUUUCCCUAUUUUUAUUGUGAUACUAGUAUAUAUUUUUAUGCUGUGCUUUGUGUUGCACUGAACUACUGUUAUUAAUUCAGAAUAUUAGACCACUGAUUAAAAAUGUAAUUCACAAUAUUUUAUCAUAAGUUAGGGACUAUGGAAGUAAUAUCUUGCAAUACCUUGUUUCUAGUAAAACAGAGAUUGAAGAUAGUAGUGAGUCUUUUGAGUUUUGAUAUGGAAUAAUACUUUUCCAUGCUGGUCCAUCUUUAUAUCAAAAUUAUUUCAGAUUUAAUGAACGGAGAUAAAAGA